AUGGAUUCAUAUUGUCGAGGUGUCUCUCCAUUAGUCCCUUCUACUCCUUUUGCAGGAACGUCUUCAUCAAAGGGCACAAAGAGAAAAGUCAUCAUGAUCGAUGUAGACUUGAAUGCACAACUUGAAAGUAUGAGCACAGGGAUAUACAAACUGGUGGAUAGCAUCGAUGAGAGUAAUAAAUACUCUGCAAAAUUGACAAAG